AAUCAAUAUUCUAAUUUCCACAAAAUAUUUCUUUUUCCAGUGGAAUAAAGUGAUACAGAAACGGAGUGUACUCAAACUUCAAUAGAUAAGAUGACGUGGAGCUGCGUUCACCUCUCAUCUCGCUCAGUGGCGCCCUCAUCUUUUCCACUUCCUUAAAACUUAAAAACAUUCGCCUCCCUGAAGACUGUAGUUGAUGAUGCGACUCAUGAAUCAAUGAUCAUUCCCUGGUCCCAACCAUAAAUGUUAGCUACCUAAACCCACCAUGUCACAUUAGCCAGAUCCCUAAUCAUUACAGUAUCGUGCGCCAUUGAGGAAGAUACCCCUGCCUCUGUGUACCCUGCAGAAAGAAAAUGAUAACGUUCACUGUGGCACCCUGCAGUUUUUCCGGCAUACAAGGUCGCCGGCCGAUCGAUGGCAUCUCAGUUGGAGAGUCUUUAUUAACAGUACAUGCCUCACCGGAGGAGUUAUCGGCGUUUAAGUACCCACGGCGGGGAAAUGCCGGACUUAGGAGGCAGUACAAUUGUCGUCGUUGCAUCCCAUUUACUCUGAAAGGUAAUUGAAGUUUACUGACCAACUGGAUAAAGUUUCAUCUAAUGUAUGUCCCCUGGCACUCACUAGCUUGUGUGCAAUGCAACAGUUAGUGCAAGUAGCAGCAAGGCAUCAUCUUUGAACAGCUCUCACUUCCCUUCCCAUUUCAUGUUUGGAACCGCUUCUUCAGCUUACCAGUAUGAAGGAGGUGCAAGAGAAGGCGGUAAGGGGCCCAGCAUUUGGGACACUUACACUCAAACACAUCAAGAAUUGGUAAAGGACAGAAGCAAUGGCGACGUUGCAGUUGAUUCCUAUAAUCGCUACCAGGAAGAUAUUGAGAUCAUGAAAACAAUGGGGUUCAAUGCUUACAGAUUCUCAUUUGCCUGGUCCAGAUUAUUACCAAGUAACGCGAACCUGCCCUCCAUAGUUUCCCCCCUUUACAUUUACCUCUUUUACUCAAAGGUGGUUGGUUGGAUUUCAGCUGGAAAGUUGAGUGGAGGAGUGAACAAGCAAGGAGUUGAUUACUACAACAACCUCAUCGACUCUCUCCUAUCCAAUGGGAUGCAGCCAUUUGUCACACUCUUCCACUGGGACACUCCUCAAGGCCUCGAAGACGAAUAUGGCGGCUUCCUGUCUUCUAACAUUGUUGAAGACUUCGAGGAUUAUGCUGAGGUGUGUUUCAGGGAGUUUGGAGACAGAGUGAAGCACUGGAUCACAUUCAAUGAGCCUUGGACGUUUAGCUCUGGCGGGUAUGCUGGCGGACCUCUAAGAAUCGCCCCUUUCAGAUGCUCACAUUGGCAGCUAGACGAUAGCACCGGUGGUGAUUCUGGGACUGAGCCUUAUGUCACUGCUCACCAUCAGCUCCUCGCUCAUGCUGCUGCUGUCAACCUCUACAGGCUUAAAUAUCAGGCAACUCAAAAUGGAGUCAUAGGAAUUUCGAAUGUGUCACACUGGUUCCUGCCACUCUCUGACAGCAAGGAAGAUGAAGAGGCAGCUCAGAGAGCCGUGGAGUUCAUGUAUGGAUGGUUCAUGGAUCCUAUAUUCCACGGCGACUAUCCGGAGAUUAUGAAGUCCUAUAUAGGAAGCAGACUGCCACAGUUCUCAUCCCACCAAUCAGAUCUUCUGAAGGGUUCAUUUGACUUCAUUGGCCUCAAUUACUACACUGCUUCUUAUGCUUCCAAUCAUCCACAAUUCGACCCUCAGCGUCCUUGUAUGUUCUCUGAUCGUCGUCUCAAACUCUCAGAUGAGCGCAAUGGUGUACUUAUUGGUCCCAGGGUGGGUUCAGGUUGGGUGUACGAUUAUCCCAGAGGAUUUGAGCAGCUGCUAAACUACACCAAGACCAGAUACAAUGAUCCUGUCAUAUACAUUACCGAGAAUGGAGUUUAUGACAGCACCGAUGAAUCCUCGCCCAAGGAAGAAGCUCUUCAGGAUGUUUCCAGGGUUUCCUACUUCCAGGGCCAUCUUGAAGCUGUUCACAAUGCAAUCAAGAAAGGAGUGAAGGUGAAGGGAUACUUUGCGUGGUCAUUACUCGACAACUUCGAAUGGAGUGCUGGUUACUCCCUAAGAUUUGGUCUUGUCCACAUAGACUUCAAGAAUGGGCUGCAGAGACAUCCUAAGCUCUCCGCCUUCUGGUUCCAGAACUUCCUGCGCCAAAAUCGUCCCAUCGAAAAUUCAUUAAACCUGUCAUCUCAGAACUUGCAACUCGUGGAUUCUACAUAUUAGUUGGAACAUGUAUCUCGUCACUUUGCACUAGUAAUUAGUAAAACCAUGCUGCUUUCAUGUAAAGCUUUUGUUACUCUCUAGCUAAUUUACUUUCCAAACAAAUUCAACUCCUAAUUCCAGUACUGGGAAAUGAGUUUGGCUAUUAUGCAGAACGGGGU